CCAGGAGAUCAAAAGAAAUGAGUGAGAAAGAACAAGACCUAUUAAAGAAGGACGAUACUGAAGUCCUGCAAGCAAACAAGGAUGAAUCCAUUGGGGAUAACAAUAACAGUAGCUCCAAUAGUGAGACUACGAAGCAAGCAAGAGAUUUAGAUGUACAGAUUGAGAAAAAAUUGGUUUUAGAGGAUGUUCUAGAAGAAGACAAAAGAGGUGAGGUUGAAGACCCAAAUGAAGAAGAGAAGCUCAGCCAUCGUAUUAUCAUCAAAAAAGGAUCAUUGAAGAGUGCACAUCCUCUAAAGAGGGAUGACUUGACUAAGGAGUAUAGAGAAGAGAGUUAUGAGAUCAACUGCCAGCACAUGCAACUUGAUAACCUUCUCUACUCGGGCCUCAGUUCUGGCAAGCAUAAAGAUGAGGAGAAGAUAGCCAAGCUAACUGACUCUCUGUGCUCACUAUUAAGGAAGAGAACAGCAAAGUAUGGUCUCAACUAAAUGGCCUCCUAUCCUAUGAAGAUACCGCGGAAAUUUUAAUUUUCACUUUAAAGAUAUUCACCC